AUGUCAACUGUUCGAAUAAGCCCGGGAAAAUACUAAUCAACUUGAAUCGAUUCUCUUGAUUUUCAAAUAAAUCUUUUAUUUUGAUCUUCAUCUAUCACGAAUAAUUUAUUAAAUGAAUUUGGUAAUUUUGCUAAUGUCGCCAGUAAAAUUCUCUCAACAACGAUAUGAUUUGGUUAGAAUAUUAACAUUUAAAUUCACAAAACCAUGUGGACGGUUAUUUUAACAUUCUUUAUAUCAAAGAUAUCAUGGAUUUUUCUGUUUGUUGUAUUGUAUAUCGCUAUUUUUAUUAUAAUCUCAGUAAGACUAGACAAGAGCAUAAAUAACGACGACAGGGAGGAAUUAAAGAAACGUAUUUUAGACGAAGGAAGAAACACCAAGAUUACUACGUUCAAUGAAAACCAAGAAAAUAUGGAUAUGAAACUGCAAACACUUACGGAAAAACUUACAGAGAAGGAGCGUAUGCUAAAGCAAUCGCAGUAUAAAAUAAAAAGUGUAGAAAAGGCAUUGAACGAUAUAGAAAAUAAAACUUCAACUUGUCGAAGUCGUUACAAAUCUUUAAUAAGCGAUCUGAAACUAGAUGUCCAUAAAACUGAAGAAGAGGUGAAAUCUUUACAAAGUCAGGUUUCAAAUUUGUCUCUUCGACGAGAAGAAUUAAAGAAGGAGAUUGUAAAGCAACAAAAAGAAUUUGAAAAGAUGCUUAUCCAUUUUACCAAAGAUCUGGAAAACAAAGGAAAAAGAUACGUUUCCAGUUGUGAGAAAUCCAGAUUUUCUCUUUACAAAACUUCUGUUGGUUUUCGAUUAUGAACUAUGUAGGAAAAUAUUUCCAAAUAAAAUACUAUUUAUCUUUGAAUUUAAUCUCUGUUAUUCCUUAUAUAAUCAAAUAAUUUAUAAUAUUGAUAAUAAUCAAUAAUUAUUAAAUCUUGAGACAAUCUUUUAUUUACUAUAGAUUUUCCUAUUCACUCUGUAUAUACAUUUGAAAUAAUUAUUCUCAUACAAUUCGAUUACAAUAAAAUAUUUAAUGCAAAAUAAAUGCUAUUUAUAUAAUUAUUGAGAUCAUAAUUUAUACAUUUAAGAAAUAAUUAAGUAAACGAUAAUUGAAUAAAUUUUAUACGAAUUUAUUUUGAGGCGAACACGUAAUACUCAGCGAUUUCAACGA